GAGGCUUGUAUGUAUUACUCAAAGGAGGUCUCCAGCUAGAGAAGUGGAAUAUUGGUACUGUGGAUUUGCCCUGUGUGCCUGUGAUCUCAGUGUGCCAUAGCACAGAGAGCCAGAAUUUUGUUUUGAAGAUAGUAGCUAUAAUAAUAGCUCAAUGUGCUGUCUUGGGAGGCAUUUGUGAAAGGAAUUUCCAAUACUGUUCUUUUUUUCACUGCUCUGUGAUACUCGAAAGCCUGCAAAGGUAGUACUGUGGAUCAUUGCUUCUUGGGCAAAAAGAAACUCCCAAGCCUGGAGCUUGUCUACUGCAGAUACAGGGGGAUUGGAGAGCUGUGGGUGGAACAAAAUUGCCUGAGUGGCAUGGGGUUGGUGUGGAAAGCUGACACACAGAUCUGAGUUGACUUUGUUGUGUGUAAUUAAUAAAUACCACACAGUAAGUCAGUUGGAGCUACAUAAAAAUGAUAGAUAAAUUAAUUUGUACCUUAUAAUGUGUGUUCCUGGCAUUUGAACUUGCACUAAGAAAGUGAUUAUAAAGUCACUGUUAAGAAAGUUUGAGGAGUUGCAGUAGUUACUGUGAGGGUUUACAGGACUUCAAGAUUGCCUUGCAAAGACAAUACUAGAAACUUAAAAACUUGUGAUGCUUUAAGCUUCUGAUGUCCUGGCUGAUUGCAGGGCAGGUUGGAUUAGAGGAUCUUUACAGGUGCCUUCCAACCCAAACCAUUCCGUGAUUGAGUGAUUUCUGCAGUGUCUUCAACUUAGAAGCUAGAAAUAGCAGAAGAGAGAAAAGCCUAGAGCUGGGCAAAACAUACACUUUUAGGGGGAGGAGAGGGAAAGUGGAAAUAGUACUGGGUGUUUGUGGAAGAAAUGGGCUGUACAUUCAGCAGUAGUGUAGAGUCAGGAGUCAAAGAGAAAAGGGCAAGAAGCAUGUGCCUGUUUGUGAAGUGCACCAAGGAUGCAAAGUCUUAAUGCCAGCUAGUAGAAACAACCCGCAGUAACAUUCCCCCUUUCAUAUUGUUAGUAAAGCUGAGAAUGUUUUCUGUUUUGUUUCAAUCCUUCGUUUUCUUCUGUAAUUAUUACAUCAUCUACCACUCCUGGUCUUGCUGGCCCUGAACUGUACAGGGGCCUGAUGGCAUUGCAGUGUCUGGGCAGACGUGCGUCAGGAAAGCCUUGCUGCAUCCCUGGAACGCAGCCCUGGCUCCCUGUGUGUCACAAAGGGCACGCAGGCCGGGUCUCCACACUGGUGGCACUUGUAACACCCUGGCUAACUCAGUGCUGGGGGUGUUUUUACAGAGUAGCAGCUCUAUUUAUGCUAGAGGACCCUGAGUCUUCCCAUAUAUGGGAAUAAAUUAUUGAAAAUAUAGAAACAAUUUACAUUUAAAAGAAAUAAACUGUACUAGGGUAACUUAGCAACAAUUUUCUGUCUCAAGAUUAUUGGAGAUAAUUGACACAAAUAAUUAAGUCAGCUUUGAGUUAAUUUUUUGUUUUAAAAUUCUGUCUUAAAAGUAGAGGCAUGCCCAAUGUGAAUAAACAAAAAGUUUUUUUAAAGUAGUGCACGGGCUUUUCAAGAUAAAUAGUGGAAUGGAGAGAUUAGCAGAAAGUAAGUUGGCCUCAAAGACUCAUGGAGGAAUUCCUCAGUUGGAAAACAUGAGCUAACUGGGCAUAAAGUUGCUGUGAAGAUCCUGAAUCGACAGAAGAUUCGCAGCCUUGAUGUUGUAGGCAAAAUCCGCAGGGAGAUUCAGAACCUCAAACUCUUCAGGCAUCCUCAUAUAAUUAAGCUGUACCAGGUCAUCAGUACACCCACUGACAUUUUCAUGGUGAUGGAAUAUGUUUCAGGAGGAGAACUGUUUGAUUAUAUCUGUAAAAAUGGAAGGCUUGAUGAGAAGGAAAGUAGGCGUCUGUUUCAGCAAAUCCUUUCUGGUGUGGAUUACUGUCACAGGCACAUGGUAGUACAUAGAGAUUUGAAGCCUGAAAAUGUGCUUCUUGAUGCACACAUGAAUGCCAAAAUAGCUGACUUUGGUCUAUCAAAUAUGAUGUCAGAUGGAGAAUUUUUAAGAACAAGCUGUGGUUCCCCUAACUAUGCUGCACCAGAAGUAAUUUCUGGAAGGUUAUAUGCAGGUCCAGAAGUAGAUAUUUGGAGCAGUGGGGUUAUUCUCUAUGCUUUGUUAUGCGGAACACUUCCAUUUGAUGAUGAUCAUGUGCCAACCCUUUUUAAGAAGAUAUGUGAUGGUAUCUUUUAUACCCCUCAGUACCUGAAUCCAUCUGUAAUUAGUCUUUUGAAGCACAUGCUGCAAGUGGAUCCAAUGAAAAGAGCAACAAUCAGAGACAUUAGGGAACAUGAAUGGUUUAAGCAGGAUCUUCCAAAAUACUUGUUUCCUGAAGAUCCAUCAUAUAGCUCUACCAUGAUUGAUGAUGAAGCCUUAAAAGAAGUGUGUGAGAAGUUUGAAUGCACAGAAGAGGAAGUGCUAAGUUGUCUGUACAGCCGAAAUCAUCAGGACCCUCUAGCUGUUGCUUAUCACCUCAUUAUAGAUAACAGAAGAAUAAUGAAUGAGGCCAAAGACUUCUACCUGGCCACAAGUCCACCAGAUUCUUUUCUGGAUGAUCACCACCUGUCUCGCCCUCACCCUGAACGAGUGCCAUUUUUAGUAGCUGAAGCACCACGUCCUCGCCACACCCUUGAUGAGCUGAAUCCACAGAAGUCAAAACACCAAGGUGUAAGACGAGCUAAAUGGCACUUGGGAAUACGGAGUCAGAGUCGACCAAAUGAUAUCAUGGCUGAAGUUUGUCGAGCAAUUAAACAACUGGAUUAUGAAUGGAAGGUUGUAAAUCCAUAUUAUUUGCGUGUUCGGAGAAAGAAUCCAGUAACAAGUGCAUAUUCCAAAAUGAGUCUCCAGUUGUAUCAGGUGGACAGCAGAACAUACUUACUGGACUUCCGUAGUAUUGAUGAUGAAAUUGCUGAAGCGAAGUCUGGGACUGCUACUCCACAGAGAUCAGGUUCUGUGAGCAACUAUAAAUCUUGCCAAAAAGAUUCAGAUGCUGAUGCUCAAGGGAAAUCUGCAGAUACAUCCCUUACCUCAUCAGUGAACUCUUCGCUUGACUCUUCCACAGCUGACGUAACUCCAAGACCAGGGAGUCAUACCAUUGAGUUUUUUGAGAUGUGUGCAAAUCUUAUUAAAAUACUUGCACAGUAAUUUUGAAGAUGGGCUUAUUUCUUUUAGAGCAAUAAGCAUGCCUAAAUCAUAGUCAGAUGCUUCCAAUUAUAAUCAAGUGAAAUUAACUAAGGCGCUGAAAAAGCUAGCCACAGAAUGCAAUUUGCAUGGGGAUAAAAUUAUUAUAGGCAGUUAUUAUGUAUUAUUUUGAAGCUGGAGUGAAUUCUGGUUGCCUGCUGUCCAAUAGCAUAACAGGUACAGGAAAUAACAUGCCCUUUGGGUAGUGUUUGUAACAUUUUACCUUGAGUGCAAAAUAGGCUGCCUAUAACAUUUAAGCUAGAUGGACCUCCUUGUUUUUUAUCUAGUUACACAUGUAUCUGAUGCACUGUAAGUUAACAUACACGUACUAGUUCUGUGAUCUCAGUAUGAUUUGGUCACCCUCUGCAGUUGUGACUCACACCUAUCAGCAUCUCCUAACAGAUGUUAAUGUGUUAAAACUGCUAUGUUUCUUCCCCCUUAUAUGAUAAAAAAUAAUAAAGAAUGCUGUGAUGUGUUACAAUGUACUACUUUUAACAAUAAGUGUUAUUAAAGGUAUGCAAAGCUGGCCAGUUGGAAAUGUGUAGCUGCUCUGUAAUGAAUUGAGAGUCAACAUUCUGUGGACAGUGAGUAGAAUGACUGAGUCCAUAACAGUGAUAGGAGACUUAAUGCUGAGAAGAUGUGGCAUCCCAUGGGCUAAACCAAAAUGUUGCUUUGUGGAGAAACUGUGAGGAAGCUCCUCCUUGUCUGUACAUGUUAUCUUAGUGUGGUGGCAGCACAGCAGCUCUGCACUGCUAUUGCAGACCGAGAAUGCUUUUCCGUAGAAACAUGUCCCUGUAGUUAAGAGCAGAGCCUGAGGGCUGUUUCAUGCUAUUCCAGAAUCUGAAAUUUACAGGUUUUUGACAUAUAUGUUCACACUUUGAUACAGCUGGCUUUUGACAUAUAUGUUCACACUUUGAUACAGCUGGUUAUCACGAUAACUUAUACUAUAUAGUAUUCAGUAUGAAGUGAAAACCACAUACACAGGUUUCUAAUUUUUCCCAGGCAACCUCUAUAGGAAACUUAAUUAUUUAAUGUGAUUGAAUUAAAUAGUGUAACUUUUCAGUUGAGCAUUGAAAACUGAUCAUGACAACUUGAGUGCUAGAGUUUUUAACUGUAGAUUGCGAUUACCCAUAAUAAAAGUCCUGCAUUUAUGGUUUUUGUAGCAUUUCAGGAAAAAACCUGAACUUUGUAUGUUAAAAUCACAGGUAGUACUUGCAUGAAAACCUUUAGUCUCUUUGAUUGGAUAUAAUUAGCCAUGAUUCCGUUUUCAGCUGGCACUUAGCAGAUAUAAACAGUCAUAAAGUACUUAGUUUUGCAUUCAAGUCUUAAUGCUUGCUUAAAAAUAAUAAUUAUGACCUACAUAGUUUCAAAGGCUGUUCCCCCAGGAAGAGGCUGGUACUCCAGGCAUUAUGAGCAGUGAAACCUGGACUCUUCACGUGGAUGAAAAUUUUUGCCAAUGGCUGAGAUUUUAUCCAUGGGAAACUGCUAGGUACAGAUAUAGGAACAGUUUAAAUCCUGGCCAGCUGGCUGCAGCUUAGAAAUUCACAUGCACAGAAUCUGAAGAAACAUAAGGCUGUUUUGAAGCCCCUGAACUGCUGUAACUGUGUUUUGAACUGGGUGAUUGUGAGGUCUGUCUCAUAGGUGGGUACAAGUUUACAACUUCAUUUUUUUUAUCCUCAUAUGUCACAGAUGGUCCCUGUAGUGAUGUUAGCUGUAUCACUGUACCUUAAAGUGGAAGAUUUUCCAAAGUGGAAGUUAGUAUCAGAAGUUGAAACCCAAAACUUUAAGAUGCCAAUGUGAGGGACCAAUUGCAAAUCCUACAAAGAUGUCCUGUCUUUAGUUUUGUACAAAUUGGUACCAAUGUACUGAAUAAAUCAAUGUGUUCAUUUUUGUUACCCUUUAUUUUGGAAUUAAAUAUUGCACUUGUAUAAAUACUACAAACGCACAGGUUUUUAAAUUGUAGCAAUUCCUCAUCUGGAAUUGGUUUGGGAUCACUUGCAUAUAUUGAACUAUUUAUAAAUGCUGUCUUCUCCUUGUAAUGUUGACAACACAUGCAAGGUUUAAAGAUGCAAAGUAGUUCUUUAUUUUAUAUACUUUUUCAGCCCUUUAAGACACAACCCUGCUUUGUCCUUGGUUUUGGUAUCAGGAGGUUAAAGCAAGUUUCUGAAAGAAAUGUACAAUAUAUGUAGUUGUAAAUAAAAGUGCAUUUUUAUGGUAGAUCAAUUUUGAUGGCCAAAGGUUUUAUGAUUGAACUGAGAUUUUUAUAGGGAGGGGGAGGGGUAGAAAGGGGCACUAAAAACCAAGUUGAACCCAGUUGCCUGUUGUGUGACUUUCCUAUGCUUUGUAGAUCUUGCUGUUGAAAUUGCUUUCUUCACAUGUUCCUACUGAUCUUGCAGACCUUUAGGAUUGCACUUGAAGCUGGCAAUAGGCUGUGAAAUGAAACUUCACUGAGAGAGCUGCCAGAGUUGUAAGGCAGCUUAUGCAGAUACACUAACUGGUAAAGCGUGUUACUCUGUAUUCCCCACUUACUCCUGUUGGAGUAUGAUGAGUUACCUUGUCUUUGUGUUGUAAUUUUUUUCAGAACCUGGGCUGUCCGUGUGCAAGAUAAAUCACUAGGUAAUGGAUAAAAAUUCAUUUUGGUGGUGCAAUAUGAAGAAAAAAAGUUCUUUCAUGUUAGUCUUGAUACAACUGUUUAAUACCAACUUCAAGCUAAAUUUUAUUUUACCAGUUGAUUACCAGUGUAAGAUACAAAGUCCUGUUCUUUAACAAAGAUGUGCCUACUUCCUGUUAAUUUCUUUUGACAAAGCUGAAUGGCAAAAAUGCUUGUUUCUACCUGUAUAACUUUUUAAACUUUAAAAACUAAGUAAACAUGAAAUACUGAA